AUGUUCGUCUCCACUUCAGCGGCAACGGCUGCGACGUUCACGGGUUUAUAUGGAGCCUUCAGCAGGCGCAUCGCUCAUCCUGGAUUGCUUGCUGGGUCAGCUGCUCUCAAUAGCGGCCUAGCAGCAGCUGUAUUUUUCAGUGCAAGGGAGUAUGUGAUCAGCCCGCUCCUGCUGUCUACUAUGACUGGCAAGCAGUGCGAUCGCCGGAGACGCGAACUCGAGACGCGUCGUCUAUCCAAGUCUACCGGUGAACCUGUUCCAUCUGGGCGGGAGCAGCUGUCCUGGUCAGAUAUGAGAUCGCACAAGAUGCUAGAUACCACCUUGAGCGGAGCAUUCACAGGAGGAAUUCUCAAUGCAUGGAAACGCGGUCGGGCAGGGGUCCUUCCGGGCAUAACCACGGGAACUAUAUUAUGCGGACUACUACAGCUCGGUUACAAUGAGUUCUUCGUUCAACGACUCAAGUACAUCUCGCGGCGCCUCAGAGAAUCCGAAACGACCGGGAGCCAACCGCCCGUGCAGGCUCCAAGACCGACAGAGACAUUGCUGCCGCGGGACGACCCGGGACCGUCAGAGCCUCGACAGUCUUUCAGUGAACGCAUCUUGGGGCUCUUUGGCUUCAGUAAGAUACCCGAUGACGUGUUCUUGGAAAGAUUGCGUCAAGAGAGGGACGCCUACCUCAGGCGGAUACGCAGGCUGGAAGCACAGAUUGAAGAAGACAAAAGACAAAAGCCGAGCGAGGCUUGA